AUAAUAAACACAGUGUGUGAACUUCGCAUGCGGCUCUCGCGAGACCUUCGGCAUCCGGAUGGUCGCCUUCUAGACACCACCGCCUUGUGUUCUAGAGCGUUCCAGACGCGUUGUGUUGACGUCACCCGGCACGGUCCUCCUGUAGUCUGCAAACAUGAUGCCCACUCCAGUCAUCCUCCUGAAGGAGGGCACGGACUCGUCUCAGGGUAUUCCGCAGCUCGUCAGCAACAUCAAUGCCUGCCAGGUCGUGGCAGAGGCCGUGCGGACCACCCUUGGCCCCCGCGGCAUGGACAAGCUCGUGGUGGACAACAGAGGCAAAGCCACUAUUUCUAAUGAUGGAGCCACUAUUCUGAAACUUUUGGAUGUUGUGCACCCUGCAGCCAAGACUCUGGUAGACAUUGCCAGGUCUCAAGAUGCAGAGGUUGGAGAUGGCACCACCUCCGUGACUCUGCUUGCUGCUGAGUUUCUGAAGCAGUUGAAGACAUACGUGGAGGAGGGGCUUCACCCCCAGACCAUCAUCAGAGCGUUCCGCCUCGCCACCCAGCUUGCUGUUAAAAAGAUCAAAGAAAUCGCUGUUACGAUCAAGAAGGAGGACAAGCAGGAACAAAGGAGUCUGUUGGAGAAGUGUGCUGCUACAGCUCUGAACUCAAAGCUGAUUGCUGGGCAGAAGGAGUUCUUCUCCAAGAUGGUGGUGGAUGCAGUGAUGAUGCUGGAUGAUCUGCUGCCUCUGAAGAUGAUUGGAGUGAAGAAGGUGCAGGGUGGAGCUCUGGAGGAAUCUCAGCUGGUGGCUGGUGUGGCUUUUAAGAAGACCUUCUCCUAUGCUGGUUUUGAGAUGCAGCCCAAGCGCUAUGUGAACCCCAAGAUUGCUCUGCUCAACAUUGAGCUGGAGUUGAAGGCAGAGAAGGACAACGCAGAGGUCCGCGUCAACUCUGUGGAGGACUAUCAGGCCAUUGUAGAUGCUGAAUGGAAUAUCCUGUACGAUAAGCUGGAAAAGAUCUACAAAUCUGGAGCUAAAGUAGUGCUAUCCAAGCUGCCCAUCGGAGACGUGGCCACGCAGUACUUUGCAGACAGAGAUCUUUUCUGUGCAGGUCGUGUAGUGGAGGAAGACCUCAAGAGAACUAUGAUGGCCUGCGGUGGCUCUAUUCAGACCAGUGUUGGUGCCCUGACUGACGAUGUGCUUGGACAGUGUGAGCUCUUUGAAGAAGUGCAGGUUGGAGGAGAGAGAUACAAUGUCUUUAAAGGCUGCCCAAAGGCGAAGACCUGCACCAUCAUACUAAGAGGCGGGGCUGAGCAGUUCAUGGAGGAGACAGAGCGCUCGUUGCACGAUGCCAUCAUGAUCGUACGCAGGGCUAUUAAGAAUGACUCCAUUGUUGCUGGAGGUGGAGCUAUAGAGAUGGAGCUGUCGAAGUAUCUGAGGGAUUACUCAAGAACAAUUCCAGGGAAGCAGCAGUUACUGAUUGGAGCCUAUGCCAAAGCCCUGGAGAUCAUUCCCAGACAGCUGUGUGACAAUGCAGGUUUUGAUGCGACCAAUAUCCUUAACAAACUGAGGGCCAAGCAUGCACAGGGUGGUAUGUGGUAUGGUGUAGACGUGAACAAUGAAGAUAUUGCAGAUAACUACCAGGCGUGCGUAUGGGAGCCCUCUAUUGUACGUAUCAAUGCCCUGACUGCUGCCUCUGAGGCUGCAUGCCUCAUCCUUUCAGUGGAUGAGACCAUCAAGAACCCUCGCGCCGGUGAUGCUCCAUCUGCGCCUGCUGGCAGAGGUCGUGGAAGACCACAUGCCCAUUAAACAACAUCUCCAACAGGGUCUUGGGCCGAGCCUUUGGACUCUCAGAAGGUCAAAACAAAUGUUGGCUCUUUAGGGUCUUGAUUUGUCUUCUUGACCUGUUUUGUUACUUCAUGGUCCCAAUAAAUCAAAGCAUUUCUGUGUGUUUGGAAAGGCUAAAGCAGAAUAAAAUGUCUUUUUUUUUUAAAGUAUGCCAGAUCAAUGGGAGUUGAAGGAUCUGUUGGCCGUUUGAAUGAUGUUUUGUGAUAGUCUGAGAACACACUCAAACUUGAUAUACAACCUCACAAAGAAUUAUGGGUUUGUAGGUCUGUAUAAGCACUGAUAUGCAGGCACUCUGCUGAGAUACGUUCCUGUGUUGGUCAUUCGGUGGAACUAUUUAUUCGACUAUUAAAUCCGUACAUUUUCCUCUCAA